AUGCUGAGUGUUCACCAGCUUCCCGAAAGUUCUCACGAUCCCGAACGGGUAGGCAUCGGUCCGCCGCCGCCUCCUCCUCCGGAUGACCCAUCCCCAAGCGCUCGCGAAGAUUCCAACACUGUUUCUGAGACUACCUCCUUUGGUAGCACCUCAGUGGCUACUUCUCAAGAAGUCAGCCAGAUAUCUACUACAAUUCCCCCCAAUGAUUACUAUGAAGAUCUUAUGGAGCAAGAUGAUUCUGAGUACUUCAUCAGUUCGUCUGAAGCAGAAUCUAGUGCUCUGGACACCGACGAAGACUCGAUCAUACGUUCUCCCCCUGAUCUCAGUUUAUCAGAUCCUGCAUCUGGUAAUGCUACCAACACUUUUGCAACUUCAGAAAAUUCGAAAACCAAAAAAAAUUCUACCUUCUCGAUUGCACUUCCAGAAAAUGUCAAAUCAAAAAAAAAUGUUACUAUCGAAAAUACAAAUCAAAAAAAAAAUAUCUCCAUGGCUGAACACCUCCAAGCUAACCGCCAUAAUUCCAGAGGAACAUCGGUGACUUUGAGCGACUACAAAUAUGUCAAGCAAGAAUACACGCUGCGCUUCACCGCUCAGCAACGUAUCAAAUAUGAACGGCAGCUUAAAGUUUUGGGUCAACUCAUGUCUUCUAAUGAGAUCACUCAUCACCUUGCUGAUCUUCCAGAGUCAGAUUUGUCACUCAAAUUGGAACUCGUCAACUCCAAUGACUUGUCAACAAAGGAAUUGUCCCAGGGUAUACUGCAAUACGUUGAUUCCCUUAUGACUGAGGUGAAGGAAGAUCUCUUCCACGCAAAAACCCUCACGACACAAUCGGCGGACGAAGCAAAGGAAUAUCUUGACUCUCGAGAGCAUGUGAAUGAGCCUAAAGUCAGAUUGGCCCAAGAAGAGCACCUUCUUUCGACCGUCUCGGACGAUCUCAAUCUUCUCACAACCGCUGCGAGCCGCUAUGUUGCUUUAGCAGCGGCCAAGCAGCACCGUAUUGUGGGCGGAAAAGUAUUCUUUCCAAAUCUUAAGAUCAAUGACGAAGCACAGCGACUUCUCUGUGAUCUUUUUGAUGAUGAUAUCCCAUUUCAAAUCUAUACCAACCCUCAAGAAACGGUUGACUAUUUGCGGGGGAUACUCACUUCUCAAGAUCUUUCGUACAAUGACCAAGAUGAUAAGAUAUUUCGUCUCAGACAUCCUCAAGCCACUCAAACAAAGGUCAUUGCAGUUCAAAUCGAUUAUUACCCCCAUAAGAACUCCAGGAAGUACUUUCAGAGGUCUUUCCUCCAUCAUUCCGAUGAGAUCCUCAAGUGGAAGGUUAGGGCUCUGACCCCCCAACGGGAAACAGCCCUAGCAUUGAUCCAUUUGGGUCAAUCAAAGGUACCCCCCAAACAUGUCUCUAAGGAUAUCUGGCUCCAAAACCAGGAAUUCUUAGUGCCAUCCCUCUACUCGAUCUUCUCGUCCUCAAGCGCCAAAUCUCAUCUGUGCUAUGAGAAAGCCCUUGCAGAUGGAUACACUGGACCGGAUCCAGCUCGUCAUAUAGCUCACCUCAAACAACAACACGAUAUCCACCUCCAACAUGCCACGGCUCGUCCCCUGAGACAGCCUGCUUAUGAUAACGUGGGUAUGGAAUGUACAAUCCAGUAUGCCGAGCAAUUUUGUCCAGUAUGUCGAGAGACAGAACAUGGUCUUGAUGAUUGCAAGGAUGAACGCAAAGGUUGCAAAAUCUGCCAAGGCCAACGUCAUUCAACAUUCCAAUGCCGCAAACGUUGUGCUUGUCCAUCUGCCAGACAUCUCAGAGGUUCUCCGGACUGUCCCCUUUCCAUCAUCCCACAGAUUCCACAGUCUCCACCACCCGCCAAUUCCUCGGACGGCUUCACCCUUGUCACCAAACGUGGGCUGAAACGUCUGCGCGUAGUGAUGGCAGAGGCCAACCGCAACAUGGAUAACCCAUCAUCAUCAACCAUUCCAUCCAAUCCAUUCUCUGCCUUGAACAACCUCCCCGAAGAGGCCGAGCUUGACGAAUCCCAAUCCGUGGAAGUUCCCCAUGUUGAACCUUUAAAUCCGCCAGAAACAGGUCUUGAAUUGGACUCUCAGUCCCCACUGGGUGAAUGUAUUGAUCAGUCAGACGUUCAUCAAGAGGCCUCCAUGGAUACCUCUGAGUCCCCUGAACCUUCUCCAAUCCCUAAGAACACUAACCAUGCUGAACCUUCCAUCGACAUUGAAUCAAACUUUACCCUCGAUUCCCAGCCCUCAUCUGAGGAUCCUGCUGCCGAGUCGAAAGCUCCACUAGUGGUUCCCUCGGGCACCCCCCAGUCCAAUGAUCCUUCUAACGUCCUCACCACUCCUAUUCUCAGCCGCAAGGACCGUAAUCAAACCCUCGGCCUGGUUUUUAAGAGACGUUCCUCCCGCCUCGCCGGAAAAUCAGUCACUAACCAGCCAUACGCUAAGCCUAAAUCGGUUACCAUCACUAAGGCCACCUCUGGCCCUCUUCCCCGUCACCACCCCCACAAAGAGGCCCGGUCCUCUUCUGGUUUUCAAGACCAGAAUCAACCAGUACCAUUUAUGGAUACUGUUCUUGACGACGCUCAUCACGAGGUUCUCCCUCUGCUUCGUCAAGACCCUCCUGAUGCUGAUGCGGCCAUGGAACCACCGGGCCCCGAUCCGCUUCGUCCACCAGUCCUGGUUCCCCCCUCGACUAUGAACAAUUCGCUGCAACCAUCUACAACCACAUCCAACAUAGCCACAUCCACGGAAAUUUCCUCAUCACAGGAUACCCUGGAGAGGCCACAAAACUGGGCCGAGUUUGAUCCCCCAGAUUUAAGUGAAAACUCGUCCUGA